AUGAAUUCAGACGACUACUUUCAUGACAUUGAUCUGGACGAAGCUGCUCUUCUUGAACUAGAUGCUAUUGAGGCUGCUGAUACUCAGCCAGCCUCUGCACCCCCCAAUAUCAAGCCUACAACUGAUGAGGAUUCGUUCUUCGACGAAUCCUUUAACUUUGACGACAAUGAUCUCGCGAUCCUCGACAAAGAAUUAGCCGAACUGGAAGCCAGUACUCAGGUUUUUAGGAUCCCAUCUUAUCCCAGAACGUCGUCCAAAAACAUGCUUCAGACUACUCUCUUAGGAGAAGUUCUUCCUGCAGAAGCGCCAUCAAGUUCAUAUAGUGCAACCUCAAAUUCCUCCAGAAUCCGUCAAAAAUCGGCAACGAAAAGAAAGAAAUGGGAUCACACGGAGUUCGCGAAAUCCGGGUGGAAAAGUAGUAAAAACAAAGGAAAGGGCAAAGGAAAGGCAACCGAAAGUGUUGAGGAAGACGCAGUUGAAUUUGAACAAUUUCCGGCGCCUUUCGUGUCUGGUGAGCCUUAG